CUACCGUUGGAGUUAAUACGUUUCGCUGUUUCUUUCUUCUCUGUCCAUUAUAUCGAUUGUAUCCACCAUGACUGCCGAACGGAGAUGUAGCGGUGUGGACUGCGACAAGCCCGCGGGCACGCUCCAAUGUCCGACGUGCCUGAAGUCGGGGACGGACAGUUUCUUCUGCUCACAGGAUUGUUUCAAGCGGAGCUGGAGCCAACACAAAACCAUCCACAAAAAGACCACCGGCCACUUCAACCCCUUCCCCUCCUUCCAAUACACGGGCUCCCUCCGCCCCGUCUACCCGCUGUCCAGCCCGCGCUCCAUCCCCAGCGCCAUCCCGCACCCGGACUACGCCCGCGAUGGCAUCCCGCGGUCCGAGCAGAAGUUCGUCGGCCGGCACAACAUCACCAUCCUCAACAAGGAGGAGCAGGAGGGCAUGCGCAAGGUGUGUCGGCUGGCGCGCGAGGUGCUGGACGUUGCGGCGCGGGCGUUGAAGCCGGGUGUUACGACGGAUUAUAUCGAUGAGGUCGUGCAUAAGGCUUGUAUUGAGCGGAAGUCCUACCCCUCCCCCCUGAACUACAUGCACUUCCCCAAAUCCGUCUGCACCUCCAUCAACGAGACCAUCUGCCACGGGAUCCCCGACCAACGCACCCUCCAAGACGGCGACAUCAUCAACAUCGACGUCACACUCUACCACGGAGGUUUCCACGGCGACCUCAACGAAACCUACUACGUGGGCGAAAAAGCCCGGUCCAACCCCGACUCCGUCCGCGUCGUGGAAACCGCGCGCGAAUGCCUCGACCAGUCCAUCGCGCUCGUCAAACCAGGCAUGCUCUUCCGGGACCCGGGCAACGUCAUCGAGAAGCACGCCAAGGGGCGCAACUGCAGCGUCGUCAAGAGCUACUGCGGCCACGGCAUCAAUCAACUGUUCCACUGUGCGCCGAAUGUGCCGCACUAUGGCAAGAAUAAGGCCGUGGGCACGGCAAAGCCGGGGAUGUGCUUUACCAUUGAGCCGAUGAUCAAUCUGGGCACGCACCGGGAUCGGACUUGGCCUGAUGACUGGACGAGUACCACUGCUGAUGGGUCCUUGUCGGCGCAGUUUGAACACACGCUGUUGGUGACGGAGGAUGGGGUGGAGGUGUUGACUGCGCGUUUGCCUGAUUCGCCGGGCGGGCCGAUUCCCAUUCCUCAGGCGAGCGAGUCCGCAUGAUGGAAGUUGCCUUACCAGUGGUGACAGACAGACGAACCUUGAUAGAGUAGAUAGGAAUAACGCAUUUGACGAUGGCGUCCC